GCAGUUUGUUCGCGUUUGACACGCCCCUGUCGUUUACCCAUCAUUUCUCAGUAGGCAGUUCACUAGGGUUUGAAGCGCAGCCUGCGUACAGUAUCUGCCGCUGGAACAGUUCACGUAGUGAGACUGAAAAAUACGCAAUGUCUGUUGUGCGCGUCAGUGGCUAAAGAUGUGAAUCCUGUAAUAGGAGGACAACUAAACUGAGAUAAACACCGCCAUUCGUCUGCCUGUGUUGGACACAGUGUAUAAUGUCUAGACGAGGACGUACAAGAAGAUCCAAAGCAGGGACGUCCACAGGACAGUGUGAGGGUCCUGGGGUCCAUGUGUUUCUUUUCUGGACCAAAGAUGGAGAGCGUUGCCUGUCUUACAAGGAGGGUGAGGUGACUGCAGAAGAUCUCACCAUCGAUGCAGCAAAGGCUGUGGGGAUCACUCCUGUCUGUCAUGCCUUGUUUGCUCUCUAUGAUCCCGUAUCCUCGUGUUGGUACAGUCCAAAUCACAAAUUUAAUGCGGAAAACCAGUCUGGCCUGUUGGUGCAUUUCCGAAUGAGAUUUUACUUCCGUAACUGGCAUGGAUUAGGUGAAAAGGAACCAUUAGUGACUCGUCAUGCAUUACGGACUGGAUCUGGAGCAGAGCAGGUGACGUGUCCUUUGCUGGAGAUGACCUCCUUGGAGUACCUCUUUGCUCAGGCAAAAUAUGAUUUUGUGAAUGACUUGACAUGUUUGGAUGCAUUGAGCGGAGAGGAAGAGAUCAGUCGCUUUAAGAAUGAGUGUCUGGGUAUGGCUGUGCUACACCUCUCUUACACGGCCCUGCAGACUGGCACUUCUCUACAGGAUGUGGCCAAGCAGACCAGCUUUCUCCGUUGCAUCCCUCUAUCUUUUUCCCGACACAUUGCCCGGAACAAUGCCCUGACAAGGUUCCGUAUUCGCCGUGUGUUUGCAAACUUUGUGAGCAAUUUCCAGCAGCACACAGUGGGCAUGGGGAAGCUUGGAUCACAAGAGAUCAUGUACAAGUAUCUGUCUACGCUGGAGCGCCUGGCUCCUCAUUUUGGCGUCGAGACAUUCCCUGUGUUUCAUCUUGACUUGAGAACUGAUGGAGAUGGCAGUGGGUCAUACCUCAUUGCCUCCAGAACACAAACACCCUCUGAGGAAACCGUAAACUGUGAACCUGCUUAUGAGAUCAGGGUGUCUGGAUCAACCGGCAUAUGGUGGCGGAAGUUAUCAGCACAAAAGGUGAAUGACUACAUUCAUAAUAAGAGCAGAGAGACACAGUCACAAGAUGAACAGGAAAUGGACAACUGGAAAACCUUCUGCGACUUUCCUGAGAUCUCUCUGAUUGCCAUUCAGGGAGUAAAUAUCUGCAUCAGUCGCCAAGACAACAUGUCAAUGGACAUGCAUUUGGGCUCCAGUCUCCAGGCUCGCUCGCUGGUUUCACUGCUUGAUGGGUAUUUCCGCCUUACAACCGAUGCACAUCAUUAUCUUUGUCACGAAGUGGCUCCGCCCAGAGUGGUUCUUAGUGAGACCAAUGAUCUGCACGGUCCCAUACUGGAUGAGUUUGUGCUCCAAAAACUAAAGAAAGAACCAGAGGAGGGAGCGUUUAUUGUGCGCUGGAGUGUUUUGGAUUACCAUCGAAUAAUCCUGGCAUCUCUGAGUCAGACAAAGGAAGGGGAAAAUCCAAUAUACAAACAGUUCCGAAUUACCCAGAAGGGCUCCAUGUUCAAACUGGAAGGCUGGGAUCAAGAGUUCUCCAGCAUAAAGGAGCUCACCAGUAGCUUAAAGACCUUCGUGCUGAAGUCUGGAGAAGACAGCUUCACAUUGAAGAAGUGCUGCCUGCCCAGACCAGGAGAGUUAUCAAACCUUCUCGUAAUGAGAAAGGGUGCAAACAGUAGCAUUAAAACUGUCUCUGAAACCCUCAACCUGAGCCAACUGAGGUUUCAUCAAAUUAAGGACAAGGAGAUUACAAAGGAGCAGCAUCUGGGACGAGGCACCAGGACUAACAUUUACGCAGGCUGGCUGAAGAUACACGGCUCACUAGAGGAUGACGACAACGAAUCCAAUAACAAUCUCUGCAACAAGAAAGGCAUCCGGGUCGUCCUUAAAAUUCUGGACCAGAGCCACAAGGACAUAGCGCUAGCAUUCUUUGAGACAGCUAGUCUCAUGAGUCAGGUGUCCCACUGUCAUCUGGUCUUUGUGCAUGGCGUUUCAGUCAAGGGAUCUGAGAACAUCAUGGUGGAGGAGUUUGUGGAGUUCGGCCCAUUAGAUGUGUUCCUGCACAGAGAGAAGGGCCAUGUCACUCCUCAGUGGAAGUUUACUGUUGCUAAACAGCUUGCCAGCGCUCUUUGCUACCUUGAGACAAAGCGCUUGGUCCAUGGAAAUGUCUGUGGAAAGAAUAUUCUCGUGGUCAGGAAUGGUUUGGAGGAGGGCUCAUCCCCUUUUGUGAAGCUCAGUGACCCAGGCAUUUCUCUGUCGGCUCUAUCUCGUGGAGAACGUGUGGAGAGAAUCCCGUGGAUCGCUCCGGAGUGUAUCGCCGACGGGGCCCGUAUAGGAAGCGCUGCCGACCAGUGGAGCUUUGGAGCAACUCUGCUGGAAAUCUGCAACAACGGAGAUCUUCCUAUCAGUGGCAGCACACUGCCUGAGAAAGAGCGAUUCUAUGAGACGCAGAGUCGUCUGGCGGUGCCGUCAUCUCAAGAGCUGGCCAGCUUUAUCAGCAUGUGUCUGACCUACGACCCUGCCGGACGGCCGUCAUUCCGGACCAUUCUGAGAGAGCUAACAGAGAUUCAGAUUAAAAAUCCAGACAUUUCAUCCGAAUGCGAAUCACUUCCGGACAGAGACCCCAGCAUCUUUUACAAACGUUACCUAAAGAAGAUCAGGGAUCUGGGAGAGGGACAUUUUGGAAAGGUGAUGCUGUACGUCUAUGACCCUGGCAAUGAUGGAACAGGAGAAUAUGUGGCAGUGAAGGCCUUGAAACAAGAGAGUGGAAGUAACCUUCACGAUUCCUGGAUGAAAGAGAUCGAAAUACUCAAAUCACUGUACCACAACAAUAUUGUCAAAUACAAGGGGUGUUGUACUGAACUGGGUGGACAGGUGGUUCAGUUAAUCAUGGAGUAUCUUCCACUUGGAAGCCUCAGAGAGUACCUGCCUAAACAUCGUUUGGGAAUCGCACAAAGUCUCCUGUUUGCACAGCAGAUCUGUAUGGGGAUGGACUAUCUGCACUCCAAGCGGUAUGUCCACCGGGAUUUGGCUGCACGGAAUGUAUUGGUGGAGAAUGAAGGUGUGGUUAAGAUCGGUGACUUUGGCUUGACAAAGUACAUUCCCGAAGGGGAGAUCUACUAUCGUGUUCGUGAGGACGGAGACAGUCCUGUAUUCUGGUAUGCCAUAGAGUGCCUGAAGGAGAGCAAGUUUUCCUUUUCUUCUGAUGUUUGGUCCUUUGCUGUGACCCUCUAUGAGAUUCUGACCCACUGCAACCAUCGCCAAAGCCCCCCUUCGAAAUUCUUUGAUAUGAUGGGAUUGGUCCAUGGUCAGAUGACUGUGGUUAAACUUAUCAGCCUCCUGGAGAAAAACGAGAGACUGCCAUGCCCUCGAGACUGCCCUCGUGAGAUUUACGUACUGAUGGAGCAAUGCUGGGACUUCAACCCUGGGCAGCGUCCAUCAUUCAGAUCCCUGGCUGAGUCUCUUGAGGACAUCCGGGGAACAUACAGACAGCAGCCAUCUGUGCAGCUCGCUCAGCUCAACCAUCGCUGACCUGACCUGCUCUUUCUCUCUCUGUGCAGUUCUCACAGCCUGUAACCACAGCACUUCACUGAGCCUGACCACACUAGGCUGUUCAUGUCAUUGGGCCAUAUUUUUAGAAAAGAGGAUGUUUUUUAAAAAGUUCUGUUUAAGGAAACCCACAUACUGUUACCUCUUUUUCCACCGAAACCGUGCCGGUGUUUGUGCCGGAGUCAGUGCUCGGAUCUGCAAACCUCCCUUAGAACUGCUUGUCAUUAGAGAGGUGAACAGUGACUCUAUAGCAGUAUACAGCUAUUUAUUUCAGAUGGAUAGGGAAAAUAAAGUGCUUAGCGUAACUACAAGAGAAAAAUAGCAACAGUGUUUGUCAACCAUUUUCUAUAUAUAUAUAUAUAAUAUAUAUAUAAUAUAAAAUAUAGAAAAUUUUGACUCCAGCCACCCCCCCUCCCUCCCAAUUCCCCACAACAAUAUUUGAAUAUUUAAGUCAUCUUGAGACUCCCUUGGAAGUACGUUUAUGCCCUCUAGUGGCCCCAGCCCCCUGGUUCAGAACCACUGUCCUUUAAAGGUGCAGUAAGCAAUUUCUGAGAAAAAUUUUAAUCAACAACCAACUACUUUGUGAAUAUUUACUAGAAUAUAGUUCUGUGUAUGCUUGCACAUAGUCCCGGCUGUGUAAAUAUGAGAAAAAACUAAGUGGAUCAGAGCAAUCACCACAACACACUUGUAGCCAAUCAGUAGUAGGGGGCGUAUGAACUCAUGAUGGGGGAGGAGAGAGAGUGAGCAAGAGGGACAUUUGUAGAAAGGGAGUUGGCUGAGAUUUUACCGAAAAGGAAAAGGUCAGAGGAAUAUAAUUUGAGUAUAAAAAUGGAUGUCAAGUUUGCUUUGUUUCUGCUCCAUACAUGAGUAACAUUGGUUUUGCUGUUUCACAGAACCAAGAUAUGCUGUUGUAUGCUGCUGUGAAGCCAAGUCACCUUUAUUUAUAUAGCACUUUAUACAAUACAGAUCGUUUCAGAGCAGCGUCACAGUGAUAAACAGGAAAAGAAUGAUGCAAACAGAAUUCAAUUCUGCUGUAAACCAGCUCUAAAAAGACAAUAGUAGACAGUCAUUAUUCAGUUGAAAUCAGUUUAGUGUUGAUUCGGUUUGGUUCAAUAACUGUGUAAAGUUAUGAAAAUUCGUCUGGAGAAAACAGUGAUGUCAUUGUCCAGCUCAGUUCAGUUCUCAUCCAAUAGUGUCAGUGCAGUCAAGUCAAAAAUAUUGCCGAUUCUUAACCCUUUGACAUGUACGAUCACACCGGUGUGAUCAGUCUUGUCUUAGACGACACGUUUUAUUCAUAUCAGAUACACAGAGUGUAAGUAACUUUAAGGUUUACUCUAUUCUUCUCCCAGUUCACCGGCUCACAUUCUUUCAUGUAUUUCGGGAGAAGUGGAUGAAUUCACGUGUUGUAAAUCCAGCAGAUCCGAUUCUCUGAACUGCGGCGCAAACUAACGUGGCGGCGCAUAUAGCUCAAAUAACGUGAUCAUUAUAAAGGUGUUUAAACAGCAAAACACAUCCACUUGCACAUAUUUGACAAUCGGAAUAUCAGAUAUUUCAUGCUAUAGUUAACACAUUUGUGAAUAUUUUGAAUAAAAAAGGAAAAAUAGAAUAAAAACAGAUCAUCAGUCUUACAGCGCUGUUGUGGCUGCGGUGCGUCACGUGACAAGCAAUGACGCAUCACCGUGGAAACAAUAAAGCGAUACGUUUUUAAUAACGGCCGCCUUGAAAAACUCAUGCUGGGGGCUCAGCCAGAAUAUUUUAAGGGUUAAGUGUCCCCAACUAAGCAAACCAAAAGGCGACAUUGGCAAGGAACCCAAACUCCAUCGGUGACAGAAAUGGAGAAAAAAACCUUGGGAGAAAGCAGGCUCAGUCAGGGGGCCAGAUGAAUGAACAUGGUGUGGUUUAAUUCCAGGCUGCAUCACAAGUCGAAUUGUUGUAGUUAAUGAAUCACAGCUGAUUCACAUGUUCUUGCGUGAGCUGGCGCCAGCUGUUGGUUUUUGCCUGUGUUGCAUAGUGUGUUCAUUAUAUUGGGGGCGGAGCAAUGUUUCUUUUGGGUAGGGAUGUGCUUGUUUGGGUGUCAGUUUCAAAUAUCAACAGUGUUUCUCUGAAAUUGCUUACUGCACCUUUAAGUCUUGUGUCUUGCUGUUGAACCAUAAUAACCAAAGAAUGCAUGGUUGUGGACAUUAUUCAUUCCUUAAUCAAUGUAACAUUAUUGUGUAAAUACUCUGGGGUAUGUUUGGUUGCUUUCAAAUUUACUUCCUCUCUCCCCACUUCCUCUCUCCCCAGUCCUGCUAUUAUUGGGAGUAAGCAAAGACUGUGAUAGGCUGUAAUUUGGAAGGCCUUAAGAAUAUGAAUUUAGAUGUUUACAGAAUAUAUAAAUGCCGCUUUGAAUGUUUUUCUUUAUUUAUAUUUUUUCUUUUUUUUAAAAAUGUGCAAUUCUACUCGUUUUAUGGCCUUUUGUACAACAUCCUUUUGUGUGAAAUGCUAUAGUCUUAUUGUCCCACUGAAUGUAUCUAUAAAAUCUCUUUUAAUAAAUGUAAUUAUUGAAAGUGUAUACCAAAAAACAGCCUUUGGGAUACAUCUUGGUUUUUAUAAAUGAAUACUUUUGGAUUUUCA